AUGCAAGUACAAGAUGAGGGGGCGAGCGCGGUGGAGGGCAAGUCCGUGGUGCUGGUGACGGUGGGCUCGACCAAGUUCGAGGACCUGCUCGAGGUCGUUGACUCGGCAGCGUUCGUGGAGGCCGUGGUGGCGCGGGGCUACGAGGCCCUGGUCGUGCAGUACGGACCCCACGCCGCCCACGCACCCCUUCACCUGCCCCGGCUGGCCAAGGAGCACGGGCUGGCCUACCAGGCCUUCGCCAUGUCGAGCUCCUUCGCUUCCGUCCUGGCCCAAGCUGCCCUCGUCAUCUCGCACGCAGGUUCGGGCACGAUACUUGAGGGACUCUCCAUCGGGAAGAAGAUGGUGGUGGUUGUGAACGACAAGCUGAUGGACAAUCACCAGAUGGAGAUCGCCUCGGUCAUGGGCCAGGCCAAGCACGUCUUCGACACGACCCCGAAUCAACUGCUGGCCCUGCUGGGCCAGGCCGACUUCGAUCAGCUCCGACCGUUGCCGCCACCGGACACCUCCGCCUUUGCCCACUUUGUCGAUUCUCUCUUCUGA